GUUUCCUACAGCAAGCGAGUGGAAGCGACAGCAACAAAGACCGCCGGAUAGGUCCCUCAAUAAUCAACUCUCCUCCUCAACUACCUGCUCCCAACAACCAAGCAACAACUACAACUACUCGCGAGCGAGCUAGUAAAGGACGACUUUUACGAAACGAAACGAACUUUGAACUACGAGUUACGAUAGCAAGAUACGAAUCGGCGGGCACGGCCAAACCACCAACCACAGAAGAAAAAAAGGAGUAAACGAAUAGCUUCAGAAAUCUAGCCAAGAUGACGCUCAAGGACGAAUUCGCGACGCGCAACUUCAGUAUCUAUGGACAAUGGCUCGGCAUUCUCUCCAUGAUCCUCUGCUUUGCCCUUGGCAUUGCCAACAUCUUCACCUUUAGACCCAUCAUCAUUGUCUUCUCUGUCAUCACUCUGUGCUUCUCCUUUGUGAUUCUCUUCGUCGAAGUCCCUCUCCUCCUCCGCAUCUGCCCGACCUCGCCCACCUUCGAUAACCUCAUCCGCAAGAUCUCGACCAACUACACGCGCGCCGCCGCUUACGGCGUUAUGGCCGUCGUCGUCUUCUUGUCCUGCAUCGAUCGCACCACGUCCCUCCUUGUCCCCGGCAUCUUCCUGUCGUUCACGGGUAUCUGCUACGCUCUGGCGGCGCUCAAGGGUCAGGCAUUUGUGGGAAGCAAGACGCUGGGUGGAGCGGGUGUGGCGCAGAUGAUUGUAUAAGUCAAGCGCGAGCACACGAGAAACAGCAAGGGGAGAGAAAGUGAGGAGGGAAUGGGGGAAUUUGGUACUUGAACUGCAAGAAAGUACUUUCCAUGAGAUGGGAGUACGGAAGUAAGGGAAAAAUGAUCAAAACAGGGAAUACAAAAGUUUUGGGUCAAAGGGGGGGUGGUUAGCGUCAGUAUGGGUGGGA